CUUUCAAACUCGCCGAGGGCGAUCUGGUUGACCGUUAACCUAGCGGCUAGCACCAAAAUCCUUAUCUGCCCCCCUCGGCUGACUUAUAAACUUGCUAACGACUCAAUUCUCUCCUCACAUUAAUACCCCCGCUUGAAAAUUCCUCCUUUGCGUAUACCAAGUCAUGGAUCCCCAGAAACUUCCCGCAUACCCUCCUCUCUCCACCGUCGAGUCCUUGAUUCUGACGGAAAAGAAGGGGAACUGUGUCCCCGUCUUCGUCGAGCUCCCAGCCGACCUUAUCACACCAUGCAUGGCCUACCUUCGCAUUGCUAAAGACUCAAAGUACAGCUUUUUGCUGGAAUCAGUCAACGGUGGGGAAAACGUUGCUCGAUACAGUUUCAUUGGUGCAGACCCCUUCAAGGUCAUCAAGACUGGUCCUAACGAGGAGAUCAGUGGUGAUCCCAUGGUUCCCCUGCAGAAGGAACUCGCGUUAUAUGAAUACGUUUCGAUCCCUGAAGUCCCUACCUUCACAGGUGGGGCCAUCGGUUAUGUCGCCUAUGACUGCAUCCAACAUUUCGAGCCCAAGACCAAGACUGAGCUGAAAGACAUCCUCGAGAUCCCAGAAGCCGUCUUCAUGCUCGUCGACACCCUCCUCGUCUACGACCACAUCUUCCAGACCCUCAAGGUCGUUUCUCACGUCUUCAGCCCCAAGAACACUGCUGCAGCCAACCUCUCGUUCGCCUACCAGACUGCGGUGUCAAAGGCGAGGAGGUUAGCCAAGGUCCUCCUUUCGGCCACCACACCAGAACCUCCCCAGCCGCCUGUUACUCUUGGUGCUGAGGGUGUCUCGAACGUUGGCAAGGCUGGUUAUGAAGGUUUCGUUACUACUCUCAAGAAGCAUAUCGUCGCUGGAGAUAUCAUUCAGGCCGUGCCAUCUCAACGUCUCGCCAGACCCACCAACCUCCAUCCCUUCAAUGUCUACCGCCAACUCCGCCAAGUCAAUCCUUCCCCUUACAUGUUCUAUCUCGACCUUGGCGAUAUGCAGAUCGUCGGCGCCAGCCCCGAAACUCUUUGCAAAGUCGAGAAGAACGUGGUCUAUAACCAUGCCAUCGCUGGAACCAUCAAGAGGGGCAAGACCCCCGAAGAGGACGCCAAACUCGGUGCCAUCCUUCUCAAUUCUGAGAAAGACCGCGCGGAGCACAUCAUGUUGGUUGACUUGGCCCGGAACGACGUCAAUCGUGUCUGUCAGCCCAAAACGGUCAAAGUGGACCACCUCAUGCAGGUGGAGAAGUUCAGCCAUGUUAUCCAUCUGACGUCCCAGGUGUCGGGUAUCCUUCGUGAGGAUAAGACCCGGUUUGACGCCUUCCGAUCCAUCUUCCCUGCUGGUACUGUAUCGGGCGCUCCAAAGAUCAAGGCGAUUGAAAUCAUCUCUUCCCUCGAGAAGGAGAAGCGAGGUGUUUAUGCCGGUGCCGUUGGCCGAUUUGAUUUCGCCAACGACUGCAUGGACACCUGCAUUGCGAUUCGUACCAUGACGUUCAAGAAUGGUGUGGCGUACUUGCAGGCUGGUGGUGGUAUCGUUUUCGAUAGUGUUGAAGAAGAUGAGUUCAUCGAGACUGUCAACAAGUUGGGUGGAAACGUCCGUGCAUUGGAAGCGGCAGAACGCAAGUGCUUUUGGUUGUUUCUCGUCGGCGAUAUACUGACCUGCCCUCCCUCCAGGUUACUGGCACGGAAUCCAGAACAAAGCGCAAAACGUCGAAUAAGGGAUUAUAGCGGGAUAUUAGGAUAA